AUGUGGGAAGUCAUUACUGACAGUCCUAUCAAAAUCCUAAAAAUCAAUACCGCUGUAGCACAAACGAGUACAACACCACAGUACAUUCCUAAACCCAAAGAGGAAUGGGGUCCAGAAGAUCGUACGCGAAAUAACUUGGACAAUAUUGCCAAGGAUAUUUUGUUCAAAGCCAUUGAUGACGCAAUAUUCCCGAAGGUUCGAAAAUGCAAAACGGUGAAAGAUGUUUGGGAAGUUCUUGUCAAGAUAGGCGAAGGAGAUGAACAAGAAAAGGAUAAUAAGCUUACCAUAGCAUUAAAGAAAUUCGAAGAUUUCAAAAUGCUAAGUGGUGAAACGAUUGCCGACAUGGAAGCAAGAUUCAUUAAAAUCUCGAGAGAAAUUGUCGAUCUAGGCAAAAAGAUUGAUCAAAAGGAGAUAUCACUCAAAAUCCUACGUGGACCACCUUCUAGUUGGGAUAUGAAGGUCACGGCUAUGAGAGAUCACAGAGAUCUAAAAACGUUGUCAACCGACAAACUUUUUAGUGAUCUAAAAGCCUACGAAUUCGAAAUGAAAGCUAGGACAGAAGAAGAACGUGAAGAAAGAAAUACCGCACUUGUCGUCGAACAACCGUCCACAUCAAGGAAAUUCAAAAGGUUUAUGAAGAAAGGCAACUCCAAGAAAUUUCCUCAAACAAUGAGCAAAAAUCAAUUUGAUAAUGGUCAGGAAGAGAUCAAGUCAAAAGAAAGGAAAUUCAAAAAGGACAAAAGGAAAGCUUUAAUCAGUGACCCACUUGAAAGUAGUGAGUCUGAUGAGUCAUCAAGUGAUGAGAGUGACACCUCAAAAGAUGACAAUGCUUUAUUCUGCAUGGAACUUUCAAGUGAAUCAUCCAACCAAGACUUUUGCAUGAUGGCACACGAAACAGAGGAAAAUGAGGUAACAUCUAAAUCAUUUGAUUCUACAAGUACUUCAUUUACUAGUGAGUCCAUCUCUCACUUAAUGAGAGAUUGUCAAACCUUUAUGGACACUUAUUCUCAAAUUGAAGAGCGCAAUAAUUCUUUGAUUCUUGAAAAAGAAGAAAUAAAUGAAAAUUGCAAAAUGCUCUACUUGAAGUGA